GUGAUCGAAGCUGUAACAGACCUCCACCGGCCUCGGUGGUGUCGUGGCUAACCUAUCGGACAUAACGCUGGUAUGUACAGGGUUCGCAGCCCGGUACCGACUGCCACCUAGAGCGAGUUUUAACGACUCAGUGGUAUUUCAGGAUAUUCCUAAAGAUCAUAUUUGAGAAAGAUGGCAACCGGUCCACCAGAAUACACCCCAACGGUCCAACAGCCUGUUCCCUAUCCUGAUGCUGCAAGCCUACCACCGCCCCAACCUGCACAACACUUCGGUGUGACCCAGACACAGCAGAGAGUGGUCAUUGGUGUUGGGGACUGCCCAGUAUGCAGGGUUGGACACAUGCAAGAUGAGUUCUCAAUUGGUGGUAUCUGCUUAGCUAUCGUCUUCUUCCCCAUCGGCGUCCUCUGCUGUUUGGCCAUGACGGAGCGAAGAUGUACUCACUGUGGAGCAAUUUAUCGUUGAUUUUAUUCUUAAACUGUAAACUGUAAGAAAUAAAAUAAAAGAUUAAAAUUGAGUUUAGAAAACAACAACAACAACAACAAAAACUCGUACAGUUUCAACAUGAAGAAAUCCUGUUUUCAUUAACUGAUUUUAUUAGUAAUUAUUUGAUGAAUUUGGGUAUUAAGAUGGACUUUUAUAACCGGUGAUUAUGUUAUUUUAUUUGACGUAGCUAUACUUAAUUUAAAUAUUUUAUUUUAUUUUUAUUUUUAAUGCUUCUCCGUAACGGGAGUCACCCAAUUAAUACCAUCACUUCAAGUUAGAUAAAUUGUUUGUUUUGGUAUGAUCGUAAAAACUAAUAUUUGUAAUAUUCUGUAAGAAAAUAUCAAAUGCUGCUGGUGGUUUUUUUAAAUGUAAUAUACGAAGUGACAGUGACAAAAUUAUAAAUGGAAAUUUGAUAAUGUGUAAAUGAUAAUGAUUCAGAUAGAAAAAAAUCCAGUUGUAUAUAUUAUAUAACCUAUGUUCUCAUAUACAUGUAUGUUAACCUGGGAACAGACAAGUAACUUAACUAAACACAAAAAUUAACUAUACCAAAUCUGUGGGAUGGUGCAUAUAAAAGAUCCCUUGCUACUAAUGGAAAGAUGUAGCGGGUUUCCUCUCUAAGACUAUAUGUCAGAAAACCCAAAAUGUGUGACAUCUAAUAGCCAAUGAUUAAUAAUCAGUGUGCUCUAGUGGUGUCAUUAAACAAAACAAACUUUAAACUUUGGUUCUGGGAAAUGUUCUAUUAUAUCGCAGCUACUCAUACACUCGUACACUGACACAUGAAGAGGAAAAACAAGAAAUAAAUAUCACAAAUACGCAUACACACACACAUACGCGCACAUACAUACACGCACAUACAUACACGCACAUACAUACACACACGCACACGCACACGCACACAAUGCAUAACAAUGCCAGGGUAGUUAUCAUAUACCUUCACAACUGUUACUGAAGUAAUAUUCUCAAAUUAUGGAGCAUAUAUGAAUUAUUUUUCAUUGACUAGGAUGGCUGUUUAUCCCAAAUCAUUACUAUACAUGAUACAAAUAAACAACAGUUAUGAAAUUGCGUAUAACCCCUUCAACUGUUAUGUCUUAAAUAAGCCUAGAUUACGAUAUAGCCCAUUUGGUUUGAAAUUUGAUGUGUAAACGUUUACUAUGAUGGAUAGGACUACUUCUUUCUGUUAGAUAUCUAGAUUUCAGAUUAUCUUUAUAAUAUUUCAUAUUAGCUUAAAUGCCUGUAUUUUAUAUUUUUAUAUAAACAAAUUUACCAAGUAAUAAAUAUAGAUUAAAAAAUCGUCAGUUGUUGUAAUAUUAUUUUGGCAUGGAGAGAUAAAAUGAUGGAGUUGGACAAAAGAAUUCCAAAACCUUUUGACUGGGAUGCAGUCCCAAAAAGGAUGUAAUAUAAUUUUCUGAACUUUUUUUUACAUAAUGUACAAAGAUUGGUUUCAGCUUUGUUAAAAAAAAGUGACAAUAUAUUAGUUGUUACGGUGUACCUGUUAUAACAUACACAAUCUGUGAAAAUAGUGACUAGUUUUUAGGUAAUUACAGUUGGUAGGCGUUUGCAUUCAUAAUCUGGCUUGGUCAUGGGCGUAUGGGGACUCUUUGAUUUAGGGGGGCUGGAGGGGUUGAUUUGCCCGAAAUUUUACCCAGAUAAAAACUGCCCGAAUUUUCCCCACUGUUUUGUCC